CAGGUUCCUGAUGAGAUUAAGCUUUGUGUUGAUAAUCCAAAAGAGCUGACGACAGAGUUGAAACCAGAUGAUAUGAUUUCUAAGCAUUUUAAUAUCAAUCAUAUUGAAGAAGGUCUCAUCCUCAUAUACCCCGUCUUAAAGCCUCCCACGAAUGAAAUAAAAAAAUAUGACACUGGAGCCCUUAUUUCAUUUUUGCAAGAACGGGACUUAGGGCUGGACUUGGACGACAAAAAUAUUAUUCGCAAGGAGAAGAUUGUGGGCCAGGACUUUCUUAAGUUAACCGAAGAAAAAUUUCGCAGUUAUGGUAUGCCAGGUGGACUGGCAUUAAGACUUGCGGAUUUUGCCAAGGAGUGUAAAGAUAAAAAGUUGAGGUCAUUCUCCUCGUACAAGACUAAGAAAGAGUUGCUUACAUAUCAUAAUAUAGCCACCCACACUAUCAACGAAAGCGUCCCUGAAUUUAAGCUAUGUAUUGAUAACAUUCUUCGUAAAAUAAAAAAUAUGAGUCCAGUUGUAGAUAGUAACGAAGCUAUGCAGUGCGAGUACAUUUCAACUAUCUUACAUACGGCUGUAAGUCUUCUCGAUGACUUGGUAAUCACACCUCAGGUGAAUAUAAUUGGUGAAGAAAACACUGGUCAUGUCGACUAUGCAAUCAAAAAAAUUAUCAGUGAGAUGUUGGAGGAAAUAAUUUGCAUAACCGAAGGCAAACAAAAUCAGGCGACUAUGGGUAUCUGCCAAAACUUACUACAAUGUCGAAGUGCCUGUGAUGUAAGUAUAACAAAUUCUACUAGCUCGCUCGCUAUAGGAUGA